AUGGGCGCCUGCAAGAGCAAGGCGGCCAAGCCUGCUCGCGAGGGCGAGGCUGCGGACUCGCCCUCUGACGCGGCGGAGGCGAACGCGUCUCAGAGCUCCCCAGAAUCUCCCACGGCAGAAGCCCCGGCCCUCGUCAGCAACUCUGGAGACUCCCAGCCUGCCGUGAAAAGCUCGACUCGUCUGCGCGGGGCUUCGUGCUCGACCGCGUUCUCGUCAUCCUCCUCCUUCGCGCAGAGUGCCGACUGCGAUCCUGCAGAAAAAGGGAAACGGGGUCCACAGGCGCAGACUCCCGCGAAUGCCGAAGAACCAAGCUCAGGUGUAGAGACAGUCGGGGACGUGCGCCGGCGUCGCCUGACUGUCUUGGGGGUUCCGGAAACCGAAACGGAAAAAGCGGAUUCGGCGGCAGGCGCGCCAGCCUCUCUCUCCGAGCGCUUCAAAAAUCCGGACGCGGAAAAGGCCACGCGUUUUUCAGCCUCGCGUUCAACCAUCUCCGAGCGUUUGCCGGACGCGAGCGCCCAGUCCCCCUCGACUGUACAUACACCCGGCGUGUCAGUCAACGGCCCCGCCCGCGAGGUCGAGAAGGCGAAGCACGAGGAGCCCGUUUCGCUCUCGGCCCUGGUGCGCCAGGGGUCUUUCGCGCGGAGUCUACACUCGUCGCCGCCGGCGUCCGUGGACGGUCGGUCGCUCAUUUUGAAGGACGACGAGAAAGACAAGAGCGGGCGCGGCGACAAGGGCGAGGGGCGAGUCUCGGACGCCGACGAAGCAGAGCUGAUACAGCAGAUCCGCCGCGAAAAGUCGCUCCCCGUCGCCGUGGAGGGCGACGAUCCCGUCGCAGCGAAGGCCCUGAGCCUGAGUCGCGAGCAACCGGUCGUCGCGCCGAGCGAGGCAGACGACGCCAGCGUCUUUAGUGGCCCGGAGGGUACUCGGUCAGACAGUGGCCAGGCUGCAAGUGCCCAGCUGGUCCCCGCCCCCAGAGGCCCUCUUCCUGUCUCUCGAGAGGACGUGUGGAGACACCCGGAGCUCCUCACAGCCAGCCUCUUCCUCGACCUCUUCACCCCGGCCCGGGACUCCCCCGCGUGCUGCUUCCUAGGCGCCGAGGCCCACUCUCGACAGGAAAGCUUCGACGACAAAUUCGAAGACGUCGCGAUUCGGCCCCCAGGUUCCAACGUCCUCGCGAUAAAGAAGAACUUGGGCUUUGCUUACGCAUGCAAGAAGGGGCUGAAGCCCGACAGCCCGAACCAGGACGACUUUGGCGUGCUCUGCUGCAACGCGUUUCGCCUCUUUGGCGUCUUCGACGGGCACGGCCCGAGUGGCCACGACAUCAGCGGCUACGUCCACCGCAUGCUCUUCGCCCUACUUCUGAGCGACGAAACUUUGAGCCGAAACCCGCAGCUCGCGUUGCGGAAUGCCUUCGUUGCCACGCACCAAAGUGUCCUCGCCUAUGCCGCCCACACCGAGCUCUUUGACUGCUCGUUGAGCGGCUCGACGGCGUCCGUCGUUCUCCACACCCACCGGAGGCUCUUCGUGGCGCACGUCGGCGACUCGCGCGUCGUCCUCGCGCGCCAGAAAAAAGACGGCAUCGUCGCGGAAGCGCUCACCGUCGACCAUAAGCCCACAACGCCAGCAGAGCGCGCGAGAAUCGAGGCCGCAGGCGGCGAAUUGAAGAGGCUGGAGUGCGACAUUCCCUACCGCGUCUUCCUCAAGGGCAGGCUGUACCCCGGCCUGGCGAUGAGUCGCGCCCUCGGCGAUGCGAUUGCCAACCACGUCGGAGUGGAGCUCGAUCGCAGCUGUCUCUUUGUCAUCAUCGCCAGCGAUGGCGUCUGGGAGUUCAUCAGCAAUCAAGAAGCGGUCAACAUUGCAAGCGAAGCCAUGGGUGCGGAGCGAAAGGCGCGGACGAAGGCGGCGGCGGACCGCCUGACUCUCGAAGCCUUUAAACGCUGGGUCGAGGAAGAGGGAAACGUCGUCGACGAUCUCUCCAAGUUGCCGCGGGAACCUCCCCUCUGGAGGCCUUCUUCAGGGCCCGUGGACCUCAACGCGCGUGUGUCGGCUUCAGGAGCCUCCCUCUCUCCGCCUCGCUUUACUCGAAUAUAA